AUGGGGUUCUUUCGCUGGCCUCGCUGCAAGCGACGCGCCUCCCCUACGAGGCCCACGAAACCCUCGCCCAAGAUUCCCGAUCCCUUUAAGGCCUCUAAGCUUGACGCCCACAACGGUAUGGUAGCCCCUCAUUCGAAAUUGAGGGUGCGCACACUAAACUCCAACCUAGUCUCAGAUGAUUCUCACUUGCCCAUCCCAGGAGCCUUCCCGUUAACUCCUCCUGAAUCACCUACCCUUGUCGUAUCACAAGGCGCUGCCAUCGAGGAAGAAGACGUCCCACCGAAGGGAUGGGAAUUCAUGGACAUAGAUGCUCGCGCAACACCAGCACUGGUUACUGACCUCGGCAUACAUCUCCACCCUCGAUUACCGACAUACACCCCUCCCCUCCCAAGCGCUAGGCGCAUGCCAUCGCCAAAACCAACUGAAGCUCCUAAGCCCGCCGUAGAAGAUAUCAUGGACAUUGAUGACCCGUGGGAUCAACAGGCCCAGCAAGAUGCAAGGGUUCCUCAUGGUCCUGUUUCUGCUGUACAGUUAUUUUACGCCCAGAGGAGGCCAAUUCCUGCCAAUCGCAUUGCAUCAUGGUACGAGGCAGAAUUCGAGAGACGAGAGAGGGAAAGACUAGCCCGCGAGCGCGACCUCCGACGUCCCACUAGAGUAAUGCCAAAGGGCCAACCUGUACGUCUGAUUUCGCCUGACUGGCUUGCCCGACUUCAACGCGCCCUCCAAAGCGGACAAGGACAGGCCGUCGCAAGAUCAUUAGCCGGAGACGAUCUGUACCAGCGGGAUAUCGUCACAUGUAUUCGCGCUGAGGCCUGGCUCAAUGACGAAAUCAUCAACGCCUACCUUGGUUUACUUGUUCACUACCUCCGUCAAUCGCAUGGAAACCUCAAACCUAACGAGCGGCCGCGCUUUCACGCUUUCAACACCUUUUUCUACUCUACACUUCGUGAUAAGGGAUAUGACGGCGUGCGACGGUGGGCAAACCGUGCCAAAAUUGGUGGCGUAGGACUGCUUGAUGUCGACACUGUCUUCAUCCCGGUACAUGAGUCAAGUCAUUGGACCCUCCUGGUUAUUCGACCAGAAGAACGCACAAUCGAGUAUUUUGACUCCCUUGGAUCCCGUGGUCCUCGCCAAGUGAAAAAUAUCAAGCAAUGGCUUCGUGGGGAGCUUGGGGCAAAAUAUAACGAAGAGGAGUGGACCGUCCUGCCCUCGGUAUCUUCUCAGCAAGACAACGGAAGCGACUGUGGUGUCUUCCUCCUAACGAACGCCAAAGCAAUUACUGUUGGGGUCGAACCCACCGCCAUCGGCCCAAGGCACAUCGCACUUCUCCGCAGAAAGAUUGUCGCCGAACUCAUGAACGGAGGUCUUCACGGCGACUUCAGUCCACAAGACAAAGCAACAGGUGCAGUGUUGCUUUAA